UAUACGCAGAGUGAUGGCGAUGGAGGAGCGUUGUCUUAUGAGGCUCCAGGACCGUUAACAAUCAGGCAGGAUGAGGGGGCCGCUGGAUUCGGCGGAUGGACGUAAAAGCUUCGUAAAGAUGGUCGGUAAGCUGCAAACCCCAGCACGACCUUCUGAUGCUUCUGUUUGUCGCCAUAGCCGGAGUUUAAAGUGCCGGCUCCAGCGGGCAAAUAGUGAAAAUGUUGAGUGGAUAUUGGAAGGAGAGGAUUCUCAGUCAGGAAACUACAACCAAUCAGGAUUUCAGAGAGUGGCCCAAUUCAGUGUAACCUGAAUCUCAUAGGGUCUUGAACAUGGAAGGAGAAAACACCAUUGACAGCAGUGAGAAACUGUACAUGUGUAGUGCGUGUGCACGAGUGUUCAGCCGAUCAUCUGACCUCUCGAAACAUAAACGGAGUCACAAGGAGAAACUGUGGAAAUGUGGGGACUGUGGGAAUGGAUUCAGAUCCCUGACUGAACUGGAAAUUCAUCGGCGCAGUCACACUGGGGAGAAACCAUUCUCCUGCUCUGAAUGUGGCAAGGGAUUCAGUCAGAAAUCCCACCUGCAGAGACACCAGCGAGUUCACAGUGGGGAGAGACCAUUCUCCUGCUCCGAAUGUGGGCAGGGAUUCACUAAUUCCUCCAACCUGCUGAUACGCCAGCGGGUUCACACUGGGGAGAGGCCAUUCAUCUGCUCUACGUGCGGCAAGGGAUUCACUUUGGCUUCCAGCCUCCAGACGCAUCAACGAAUUCACACUGGGGAGAGGCCAUUCACCAGCUCCUAGUGUGGGAGGGGAUUCUCCAACACAUCCAGCUUGAUGACACAUUGGUGAGUUCACACCUGUUCCCACUGCAGGAUGGUGAUGAGGCGUUUAUUUGAACUGACUGUACAUCAGCAGACUGCCUGGGGAGAAGCUGAGUGAGGGGAUUCACUGAAUCUGCCACCUUGUGGACAGUUCACACUGGGGAGAGGCUGAUCCCCUGCACCAAGUGUGGGACAUAUUCCCUCCGUCAUCCAGCCUGCUGAAACACCAGUGAGUACAUUGUGUGAAGAAUCUAUUCACGUGCUGAAUGUGGAAAAGUAAUCACUCAGUCAGCCAGCUAACUGAGAAGCCUUUUCAAUGUCCAAACUGAGCGAAGUAUUUGAAAAGGUCCUGGGAGCUGACAUCCCACGUACUUGUUCACAUUGACGUGAGUCCGUACAGAUGCACUUACUGCAGGACUGAGUUCAGGUGAGGAACUCCCCCCACUCUACAGCAGUGAGCUCACACUGGGGAGAGGCUGUUCACCUUCUCUGUGUCGGGGAAGGGAUUCAUUUACGAAAACUGCUGAAAUGCCAGUGAGUUCCUGAGUAACUGCAGUGAUGAAAGAUGUAUAAUUUAUAUAAAUUCCAGUUUUGGAAGUUGGCUUUUAUAAUAGAGACACUGAAUGUGGGUCAUUUUCUGAAAAUUUUCUUUAAAAUAAAAAGUGAGUCCUUGUGAAACAGUGACCUUCCUCCAGCACUGCUCAGAAAGCAAGUUGCUGUGGAGCCCCAUGUGGAGUUAAUGGGAAAUUGUUUAGACUCUGUUGAUUUACAACAGAUGAGCAAACGUCAAUUGACGUUAUCUUGUUUUCAGUUCAGAAUAAUCAAGGAUUGAUUUUAGUUUAUAAACCCAGGGUUAGAAGGUAUUUUGUUCAGUUUGGAGAUCUGACUGUGAUCAGAAUCAAGUUUUGUCUCUCUACUAUAUAGAGCUCAGAAUAAUUCAGUGGAAAAAAGAACAAAAAGUCACCCAGGUAGAACUUCUGAACCAGGAGAGUUUGGUUUGAGCUCUGAAGGUAUUAGAAGCAGAAAAUGUUUAUUCUCUGAAUUUUGAGAAUAUUCAUGAAAGAAAAUUCCAUAGUUCACAGGAAAAGUUUGAGCCAAACCAGUUCAGAUAUAAUUUAGAGAUUUAAUAUUGGGUGUAAUUUCUCUGGAUUUAAAUCUGUAUAUAUUGAUGCGGGCACACAGUUGCAGCAGGUAAUCAGGAAGGCUCAUGGAACAUUGAAAUAAAGUGCCAAGGGGGUUGGAGAUUUAGAGUUGGGAUGUUUUACUGCAACUGUACAAGGUGCUGGUGAGACCACAUCUCGAAUGCUGAGAAUAAUUUUGGUCCCCUUAUGGAAGGAAAGGUAUCAUUUCAUUGGAGGUAGUUCAGAGAAUGUUCUCCAGGGUAUUCCCUCAUAUGGAGGGACUGUCGUAUGAGCAAAGGCUAAACUUGUUGGGAGUCUACUCACUGGAGUUCAGAAGAAUGAGAAGUGAUGAAACAUAUUCGAUGAGGCUUGAAAGGAUUUUUCACCUCAUGGAAGAAUCUCAGACCAAAGAGCAUAGUCUCAGAUAUUAAGGCCACUGCCAAUUUAAGAAUGAGAUGAGAGGAAUUUCUUCUGUCGAGGGUUGAGAUACUAUGGAACUCCUUGCCACAGAACAGUGAGGCAAAGUAGGACCUUGUGUAUAUUGAAGGCUGACAUAGAUUCUUGAUGAAGGAUUAUGGGGAAGUCACAGGAAAGCAGCCAUGAAGAAUGGCAGAGCAGGCUCAAGGGGCUGAAUGGUGCUGUUAGGAAAUAGGUUGGGAACAUAUUUAAGCACAGCAAAACAAAUUGUUUUUUUUUGUUUUUGCCUUGCAUAAUAAAGAUUUGUUUUUAUUUUUGCUAAAGAAUCUCUGCAGCCUCACAUGACUGGGUUUCAGUGACUGAGUUUCAGUGACUGACCACCAAAUUAAAAGAAUAAUCUCACUUUUAGAGACAGACAGAUGCACAAUUAAACUCUGGCACCUAUUGUACCAGAACAUAUGAAGAAAAGCCUCAAUCAAUACAAAAUAAUAAAUGAAGUGCCAAAUUCAACCUCAUACUCCUAGUUGUUCAGGAAUUUAUCCCAUAUUUACUUGCCGGAGCAAAGACUCUCAGAAGCGGAGCAAAGACUCUCAGAAGCAGAGUGAAACUCACACUUGCGUACCAGACUUGACAUAGAUAUUUACAGAAGAAAUCCCUCUGUCUCCUCCACUGAAAGAAUGGCAGAUUCAAAACGAAUAAAGCACAAACAACACUAACUCUAUUUUAAUUUAAUCCCUACCACCCCAUCACUUUUUAUGUUAGCAUUGCCCUUUUGGGGGGCUUUGUUUGUUGGUGGCUCACUGGUCACAUGGGUGGUUUUGCUGGUGGUGGAAAGUCCAUCAGCUGUUCUGGUUUAUCUCUGUUCAUUUUGAAACCCUCUCACUGACAGCAGAAAGUCUCAUUUACAGCAUUCUGCCACUGGACAGGUCCAGCAUGGAGAUUUAUAAAUUUUUAAAAAAACAGGAAACACAUGUAAAAUGUAAAACCUAUUUAUAGAACUCCGAGGGAAACGCCUUUUUUUUGCUUGCUGGCAAGUGAUGGGGACGCUCGUUUGCUGGCUGUGAAACUCCGGGUUCGUAUUCUAUCAGGGUUGUUAGCUCCUGGACUAAUCGAGUAUUAAAGAGCAACUUGAACACACAGAAGUAGCUGAAAAAUGACACUCUGGUGUGUAAUAUGCCCUCUUUCUACAGGCAGGGAAAACAGGAUGCAUGUGAAUGCAUCCGAGAAUAGGGUGUGCACUUGUUAAUUUACACAACAUUUGUCAAAACACAAUUAAUGUACAUCCCCAGAAUCACAAUGGUUUGAUUGACCCGUCCUGGAUGUGCUUCAUGCAUUUAUUCAAAUACAAUUUACUCUAUAUAACCUCUCCUUUUUAUGUUUAAUUCUGCUCCAACUCGUCAGAAUUAUGACAGGACAGCUUAAAUGGCCGUGUGAGGGACAAAUGUAUUCAUGGUGAAGGGAUAAAGCCUUGGUGUUUUUCUGUUUUGAAUAUUUGACGACACAGGAUCCAAGGUCAUAGCAUCAGUUUUGAGAUGAAACAAUUUGGCAAUGGUGUAAACAGGGACAUGAAGUGGAGCAAACUUCAGGAGGACACAGGGAUUCUGAUAAAAUGGACAACAAACCAGUGGGUGGGAUGCGAAGUGGGUGCAGGGACGGUGAAUGGUCUGGUUUAAUUUAUGUUAAACUGAAUCUUGCAUAUGUGGAAAAUAAGGUUGGAAUUGUGUCUGUUGAGGGAAAACACGUUACAAGCAGUUUACAUUCAUACUUUCUUGCAUUUUAGAAAAUGUUGGUUUGUUUGGAUUUGUUUGAAGACAUUUGGGUUUUGAUUGAUAAGGAUGCUGUUCCCACAACUUGCUUCCAGGAAGUGCUCUGAGAUAAUUAAGUGCUGCACAAUACCUGGAUUCCUUUCUAUGCUUCAAACGUGAAUAUACAGAACAGCUUAUAUGUCAGAUCAGCCACUGACUUUACUUGUUUGUCAUAGUCGUAGAAUUGUACAGCUUGGAAACAGGCCCUUUGGUCGACAUGAACGAGUUGGUCCAGACAGCCGAAAUUAA